GACCUCAAAAUUCCUAUCACAGAGAAUAUCCACACAACACACCAGCCUUCCUCAAGAGAAGUUCUGGACCACAUUUGUAAUCUCUCUGCCCAACUUUAAUUCUUGGCUCUUUGUUCCCAUCCCCCCAUUAUUUUUCAAUAUUUCCUUAGUUGGCAUUUCCAACAUUAGAAUAAAUAACAGUGGCGACAUGGGACAACUUUGUCUUGUCCUUUUUCAAUAUGGCAUUUCCCCGUGAUAUUGCCAUUUAUUGUUGGCAGCCGGGUUAAUGGGUUACAGGGUAGUGUUGCAGAAAUGUGAGGCACAAAAGAUCUCAGUGGAUACCCAUCCUUGUUGCCAAAUCCCAUCUAAACAUUUAUUUUGGGUUUAAACAUUAAUUCCAGAGGCUAGGUGAAAAAGGUCCUUGGGGGAGAUUGCAGUCGCAGAAGGGAAGGGUAGAAAGAAGCUAGCAAUGUCCGACACUGGGGAAAUCAUCAAAACUCUUGGAGACUUUGGCCGUUUCCAAUGGCGGUUGUUGAUGCUCGUGACUCUAGCUUCGCCAAGCCUUGCCUUCCAUAUGUUUUCCCAGUUAUUCAUGGUCCUGGAAGAGCCCCAUCAUUGCAACACAAGCUGGUUCAACGCCAUCGGCUUGAACCUGACUGAAGAGGAACGGCUGAACUUGACCCUUCCCAAAAAGCCCGAUGGGACAUUUGAAGAAUGUCUCAUGUACACUCCAGUGGACUGGGAUCUCGAUGCCAUCGUGCAAUAUGGACUUAAUUCUACCGAAAAGUGUCGGCGUGGGUGGGUUUAUCCUUCAAACCAAGAGCCUUCCUUGCUCACACAGUUUGACCUGGUAUGUGACUGGGAAGAUUUAAACGACAUCUCGCAAUCUAUUUACAUGCUGGGCCUUCUCGCUGGAGCGCUGGUGUCUGGUCUGUUAAGCGACCGGUUUGGUCGGCGGCCAAGUCUUCUGUUGUCCAUGCUCAUCGAAGGUGUGUUUGGGGUUGCUACGGCCUUUGCUCCCAAUUUCUACCUCUACAGUGCGUUCCGAUUUCUUGUGGGUGCUUCUGUUUCCGGAGUCGUGAUAAGCAGUUUAGCUUUAGCUACAGAAUGGGUUGGAAUUGUCUACCGUCCACAUACGGUGAUUAUCAGCCAUGCAGCCUUUUCCGUGGGACAGAUGAUCCUGGCAGGCCUGGCUUAUGCCUUUCGCGACUGGAGGACGCUGCAGCUUGCUGGAUCUGCCCCAGUUUUUGCCCUCUUCUUCUACCUGUGGAUCCUUCCUGAAUCUGCUCGGUGGCUGGUGACCAAAGGAAAAACAGAAGAAGCCAAGAGGCUUCUCCAGAAGGCAUCUUCUGUCAACAAGCGAGCCAUCCCACUGAAGCUGUUAGAUGAGCAACUCCUCACGUCUCCAUUGUGCAAAUCAUGUUUACCCCUAACUCCCACAAAACCUUAUCCAGCUGAGAAGCUGACACCUGACAAGACCGUGUCUGCAGGCAUUUGGGAACUGUUUAGAAACCCCCACAUGGGGAAGGUGACUUUCGUCCUAUCAGCAGUCUGGUUUGUCAGCAGUUUGGCGUACUACGGGUUGAGCUUGAACGUGGGCGGUUUCGGUUUCGAUAUCUACCUGACACAGGCUAUCUUUGGGGCUGUUGAAAUUCCAGGUCGUCUCUCCUGCAUCUUCCUGGUGCAAUGGCUAGGGAGAAAGAAAUGCCAAUCCUCCGCCUUGCUCCUGGGGGGAACUUGUUGCCUUCUCAUCGCAGUCAUCCCAAAAGAUCUGCCUAUACUAGUAACGGUGUUUGCCACCACCGGGAAGUUUAUCAUGUCUGGUUCCUUAUCUAUAUCAUAUGUGUAUUCUGCAGAGCUGUUCCCAACUAUUGUCCGGCAGACUGGAGUGGGGUGGUGCCAGACGGCAGCCAGAUUGGCAGGCAUCAUCUCGCCUCUGAUUGGUCUCUUGGACAAGUACCACCCCUCUAUCCCCGUGGUGAUAUUUGGCAGUGCAGCCGUGGCUGGUGGACUCCUUGCUUGCUUGCUUCCGGAGACGUGUGGCAAGGAACUCCCGGAUUGCAUGGAUGACAUUGCACACUAUCAGAGGCCCAGCAAAAGAAUCAACGGUAGUUUGAGAAAUGCGUGUUUAAAACCGAAUGAAGAGAUUACUGAACGGAUAGCAAUAACUCGCCUUUAACCCACCGUGUGGAUUGCUCCAAGGUGCCAAGAAGAAUGUGUGAAUUUCCUCCCCUCCCACUCUGAGCCCAGCAGAUAAAAAUAUGUGGUUUAAAUAUUUUGUUUUUUAAAAAGUGGUUUUAAAAUGAAAAUGAAAAUAAAAAAUCAAUUCUAUUACGUGCCCCUUAAAAUAACUUGGUUUGAAAGAUCUGAAUGUAAUAUGAGCAGAUUAAAAGCAUACACUCAGGUUUAAAAGAACAUCGAUAAUCUUAGGAUGGAUCUGGUUGUGCUUCUUACGGAAUAGCUGCAGUGCAAAUUUAGGGUGCAGUUCUAUGCUCACACAUAUAUGGGAGUAAAUCCCUUUGGACUCAAUGUAGGAUGUCUAGAAAACAUCAGAAUCAGCAUUGUAUCAAGCCAGACCUGGAGAUGCUAGGGAUUGAACCUGACACCUUCUGCAUACACAGAAUCAUAGAAUUGUAGAAGGGUCCCACGGGUCAUCUAGCCCAACCCCCUGCAAAGCUGCAAUCUCAGCUACAGCAUUCAUGACAGAGGGCUAUCUAACCUCUCCUUAAAAACCAUUGCACUCUCUCUUUUUCUUUUUUACAGCUGGUGGAUUAUUAGCUUUAAAUUGUUUUAUUGUUUCAAAAUGCUGUACUUGUAGUGUCCGAUGUUCUCCCCAGCAUGAGAAUUUGCUGGGAUGGAAUGUUUUAGGGUUGUAAAUACUCUUGUGAAACGAAUAUGUGAAAUAGUUGAGUGUUUCUCUUAUCAGGAGACCUCUGUAGCUUUGCAAGUCUGUGGGAAGUGAUCUGCUGGUCUCAGCUUUAUCAUUGUACUUGAAAGUUCCAGCGUACCUGAGGAAAACAGGUUUGCACGUACGCAUUUGUUUUGUACAGUUUCCAUAGCUAAAUGUCUGAAAAAGCUUUAGCUAUAAUGGGGGAAGACGGCAACUUUCUGAAACCUAAGAAACACAGGCCAUAACUUAUAACUGUUACAUAGUCAAGACACACCAAUAUAACAUGUCUGUCCUGAGAAGUAUUCAGGUACACUCCAGGCAAAAAAAGUUCCUCUAUAACCAAACUUUUGGCUGAUUAAACCAUCGAUGUCCUUCUAAUGGUGUUUGUAGAAGGGGGGGGGGUAUUUGUUUGCUGUUGUUGUUAUGUUAUGUUAUGUAUUUUGUGUUUCUAUUUUGUAUUUUUAGGCUAUAAACCAGCCUAUGAUGUUUGUAUGAAAGGCAGUAUCUGAAUGAAUCAAAUAAUUAAAUGGAUAAUAGUUUGA